AUCUGAUUAAAUUGGAUAGCGAUAUAGCACUGGCUCUGGACUGGACACGCCUUUCCACCAACAAGACCGAAGUUAAACAGUUAAGUCUGAAGUCUGUCUCUAAGUUUGACACUUUCAGAAGUUCAAAGAAGAUUCUUUCAAGACUUUAAUGGUGGUGUUUUUGUUAAGAUCUGCUAUUUUGAACCCUUUCUUUUUUGUCCUUCUUCAAGUGGUUCAAUGUUAAGCUUUUGCUUCACACUUAAGCCUCCUUCAGUCUACAGCAUCAACAGUUGCAACUGGAGGAGAAGAAAGCCCCGAGUGCUUCAAAUUUCUGCUGUUUCUUACCAGAAAUUUAUUGACUUUGCUCUCAGUGAAACCAAACGUCAUGCUUUUUUGGUCCCUUCUCCUCUGCAGGAACACUUUGAUACUUUGACUGCAAUGGAUGAAAAAACGGAGCUGCAAAUGUCAUCAUUCCAAGCCCCCAAGAUAAGACUCCUGCGCAGUAUGUAUAUUCGAAAUGAAGUAAUGCAGGUUUUGGAUUUUGCUGUCUUCCCAAAACCAGAAUUUGACAUGCCUAUAUUCUGUGCCAACUUUUUUACAAAUGCUAGCAUGAACAUUGUUGUCCUGGACCUAAAUCCUUUGCAUGACACCACUUUCCACAGAGAGUACAAAGAGAAGUACUACAAACCAUUAAUGCCUCUUGGUCUCAAGUAUGCCAAGCUUUUACCUUGGGGAGGAAAGCUUACAAGCGAGUCUAUAAAAUUUUUUUCACCUAUAGUGAUAUGGAGCAAGUUUACUUCAAGCCAAGACAAGCACGAUGCUUUAUAUUCUGCAUUCAUGGAAUACUAUAAGGCAUGGCUUGAGUUAAUGGACCAAGCAGUAGAGGGGAUAGAGGUGUCUCAAAUUAUGUGUAACUGUGAAGCACAACAUAGAUAUCUAACAUGGAGAGCAGAAAAGGAUCCAGGUCAUGGAGUGCUGAAGAAGCUGAUAGGUGAUACACUAGCAAAGGACUUGCUGAGAAACUUUUUAUUUAGCGGAGUCAACGAACUAGGAAGCAAGAAGUUUCUGGAUUACUUUCCUGAGUAUGGCUGUGAGGACGGGAGUAUAAGUGAAAAGCGCAGCAUCAUCGGAAAGUCUUUUGAGAACCGCCCCUGGGAUUCCCAAGGAGAAUUUGUUGGUAACAACAUUGAGAGCUAAUAUGUAAGCUUGCUUGCCCAUUUCCUUUUCUUCUCUAGAAAUAAAUGUUUCAUCCUACAGCUAAUAUGUAAGUUUUUAAGAGAAAUUUCUUAACCUUUUUUCCAAGGUUGAAUUGAAAAAGGACCAUUUAUCCUGAGUCUUUCAUUCAACCUUGAAUAAAUGUUGAUAAAAUUGCUAAUGAAACUGUGAAAACGGUUUUUGAAAA